UUCGUCCUUGGCGGAGGGAAUUGCUGAGAUGGGGAAGGAGGAAGGGAGGGAGGGCAUUGGGGCAGCCCUUAUCACGGCCCCGCAGGCUUUGCCCUGCAAAGCAGAGCCCGAGCGGAGCUGAGCGCUGUGCAAGCUGAGCCCGGAGGAGCUGGGGACGCACGAUGGGGAACUGCAUCCCAGGGAGCCCUGAAAUCGUAGUGAACAGAACCUCUGUGUCCUUUCUGGACCUCUUCAACCUCACCGACGAUGAAGACUACACGGACAUCGACUUGGACUACGUGGGCGCGCAGCCGUGCCACAACCGCUACUGCCCCUUCUUCUACCGCGCCGCCCCACCGUUCCUGGCCACCACCGGUGCCACCGCCCUCGUGGCCACGGCCGCUCUGCUGCUGGCCCUGUUCCUGCGUCCCCACGCCUGGCCCCGUGGCCGCACGCCGGCGGCCCAAGCGGCCGCGUGCUGCGGGCUGUUCGCCGUCACACUGCUGCCGAUGGCCACGGGCGUCGCGUGGGGCUGGCGCGCGGGCGAUGGGCUGUGCAGGGCCGUGCUGCUGCUGUGGCACGGCAGCGUGUUGGCGCAGGGGCUGCUGCUGGGGGCCGGGUGCUGCGGCGCGUGGGGCCGCGCUCGGUGCGUGGCGGUGGCCCUGGGGGUGACGGCGGCGGUGACGGCGGUGCCGGCGGCGCUGAGCGGUGGCACCGUGGGGACGGGGCAGGACGCGCAGUGCGUGCACCGCAGCGUGGACGUGGCCUCGGUCCCGUAUCUGCUGCACAUCGCCGUGUGCUUCUGCGUCCUCCUGCUGCUGCCCGGCACGCUGCUGGUGCCGGCGGUGCGGCAGAGGACGUGGAGCGCAAUGAGGUGCGGGAUGGGGUGGCUGUUCUGGGCGCUGUGGGCGCCCUAUGGGGCGAUGCUGGUGGUGGAGCUCCUGCUGGAGGUGGAGGUGCUGCCGCCCAGCUGCAGCACCUUCGAGCACUUCGAUUUCGCGCUGGGGCUGAGCGUGGCGCUGGGGGGGCUGCACUGCUGCCUCAUGCCCCUCGCGCUGCUCCUCGCCGCCUUCUGCUGCCACAAAGGGGGGGCACCGUGCUGA